AUGCCUAAACAACGACGUGCUGCAUAUGACACUGCUUUCAAAUUGAAAGUUGUGGCUAUCUCUAUGGAGACGAAAAACAACAGAAAAACGGCCGAACAUUUCGGUAUCAACGAAAAGCAAGUACGUCAAUGGAUCCGAUCGAAGGAGCAAAUGUACAUGGGUAAACGCAGUGCUAAGCGAUUAGACGGUGGAGGACGUAAAGUGAGAAGUACCACGCUGGACGACAACCUCAUGCAGUGGUUUGAUGGACAUCGGAAAAAUGGAAAUGCGAUCUCUGGUCGACAACUACAGAUGCAAGCAAGACGAAUCGCCACCGAAACCACAUUCAAGGCAUCUGACGGCUGGCUUCACUCGUUCAAGAAACGUCACACACUUUCAACUCGCGUGCGCACUUCCAUUGGUCAAAAAUUACCACCCGAUUACGAGGAAAAAAUCGCCCAGUUUCAUCGAUUCGUUAUCCAAUUGCGUCAACAGCAUAACUACCCACUCAGUGAUGUAUAUAACAUGGACGAGACACCGUUACGGUUCGAUAUGCCUGGAAACAGAACUCUCGAGCAUGAAGGCAUCAAGACCGUCCACAUCAAGACAACGAAUUCAGAAAAAAGAGGUUUCACCGCUGUGUUAACAGUUACCGCUGACGGCCAAAAGAUCCGCCCUUUGGUUAUUUUCAAAGUAAACGUUGCAACUGAUAAAAUUGUUAUCGAUGAAUUGUCUGAAGUGAAAAUAGGUGAUCCAGGGGUAACUGACCUAGUAAAUAUACCCGAUAUGGUGGAAGUGACCGCUUGCAUUUGGAUGAAAACGAGUGCAGAGAACCAAGGAACGCCAGUAUCUUAUGCUGUCGAUGGACAAAGCAAUGAAUUCACCAUUUACCGUGCAUACAAUUUGGUAGUGUAUGUGAAAGGAGAACAUGGUGGUGCAACUAAUCAUGUAGUAAAUGAUGGCGAGUGGCAUCACGUGUGUGUCACGUGGCAAUCAGUCGGAGGCGAACGAAAGUUGUACGGUAACAGCGAGUUAGUUAGUUCUGUUGAUCAGAUAAGUGCUGGCGAAACUAUCGAAGGAAAUGGAUCACUGCGUCUUGGCCAAGAACAAGAUUCGGUAGGCGGUGGAUAUGAGCCAUUUCAAGCACUAAUCGGAGAAGUCACGAUGUUUAAUAUGUGGAGCAGAGUACUUGAUGAAACUGAAAUACAACAAGUUUACGCGGACAGUUUGGGAUAUAUGGAAGGAAGUGUGUUUUCCUGGAAGUCUGACUCCAUAUACAUCGAUGGGAGCGCUGUGUUGUCCCCUAUUGAUAUCUUUCCAUGUAAGCGUUAUACCAUCUAUACAGAGGAAGUUUCCUGGCAAAACGCUGUAUCAAGCUGCUAUAACACAUAUGGCAGACUUGCUAUGAUGAAUACUCAAUCUAUUUACAAAAUGAUGCGUCGAUUUAUCUUAAACAAUGAUGUCGAUGAACAUGUACGCCGUGGAUUCUGGUUUGGACUUUCCAGAAUUGAGAACGGAGCUUUUGUCUGGUCUGAUGGAACGCCGCUCGUGCCAGGAGAUUUCACAAGAUGGGCCAACAACCAACCGAAUAAUAGCACUCAAAAAGAUCCCAAUGGUCAACAAUGUGCUCAGCUAUGGAAAUCUGCACUUCUAAAAUGGGACGAUGACUAUUGUGGACUGAAUUCUAGCGGGGCAUUGAAGGGAUAUAUAUGUGAAUAUGUGGAGAUAGAAGUGGAAAAGGCAAGGCCGAAUUCUAACUUCUGGAAAAUUCCUUCAUCCCAUAUAACAAUAUACAGUUUCGUGUUUCACCCAGAGCCCUCACAACAAUCACACAGUGAUGCAUGA